GUUCACUUAAACACGGGUUUUACAGCUUACGAUUGUUUCACGGUGUGAGAAUUAAACCCUAUCCCAAUCGCAUCAUUGUGACAUGAUAUGGCAGGGCUCGUCCCAACAUCAAUUUACAAAGCCAGUCCGCCCGCCGGUAUGCUGCUUUCUCUUACACGUCGUUACAUUACUCGUACAUCCCCCACUCUACAUUUUACUAUACGAACCAUGGCCAUUGCGAAGCAUGUUGUUGCAAAAGAGUCCGACUUGAAGGACGGUGAAAAGAAGGAAGUUAAAAUUGGCGAGACCCCAGUGUUGCUCAGCAAAGUCAAGGGCUCAUACUAUGCUACUUCAGCCAGAUGUACUCACUAUGGAGCUCCUCUUGUAAAUGGCACCUUAGCCUCCGAUGGGCGUAUUAUGUGCCCAUGGCACGGAGCAUGCUUUAAUGCUACCACCGGUGACAUCGAGGACGCCCCCGCUCUCAAUAGCUUGCAAAAGUUCGAGGUUACUGUCCAAGAUGGUGACGUGAUCGUUGAAGCAGAUGAAAGUGCUCUGGCUGCCGGGAAAAGAAAGCCCGCGUGCGUCAAGCACAACAAAAAAGGCUAUACUGGAAAGAUUCGAGUCGUAUCUCGUGAGGACUAUUUGCCCAUUGACAGACCUAAAGUCAGCAAGACCUUUGGCACAGGAGACCCCGCUGGCAUUGCUUUACGCGACGCUAGCCACUGGAAAUCCCUUGAUGUUGAGUUCAAACUAGGAACUGAUGUGACCUCCGUGGAUCCAAAAGGCAAAUCCGUCACUUUAUCGAACGGCGACAAAUGGACAUGGAACCAUCUUGUUCUAGCCACAGGAGGAUGGCCCAAGAAAAUUCCUAUUCCAGGUGUCGACUUAUCAAAUGUGUUUACACUGCGUACUGUUCAUAACAACAAUACCAUCCAACAGGCUGUCAAAAGCUUUGGUGGCAAGCCUAAUGUUGUGGUGAUUGGGUCAAGUUUCAUUGGUAUGGAGUUGGCUUCUGUUGCUUCCAAGGAGGCUAACGUCACUGUUGUUGGCAUGGAAAAAGUACCAUUUGAGCGAGUACUAGGCGAAAAGGUUGGAGGAGCUUUAGGAGAGCUACAUAAAUCCAACGGCGUCAACCUUAUCAUGAAUGCCAAUGUCGAAGCCAUUGAACCCAGAGAGGACAAGAGCUCAGUCGGCAGCGUAAAACUCAAGGGAGGUCAAACGUUACCAGCUGACGUCGUCGUGUUGGGCGUUGGCGUUGGACCUCAAACCGACUAUCUCAAGAACUCUCCUGAUUUUACCCUCGAAAAAGACGGAAGUCUAAAGGUUGAUCAGCACUUCAAAGUCGAAGGGUUUGACCAUAUUUACGCCACAGGUGACAUUGCCACUUUCCCCUAUCAGCACACUGGUCAGCCACUUCGAAUUGAGCAUUGGGGCUUUGCUGAGAACACUGGGCGCACGGUGGCUCUCAACAUUGCCUCCAAGCCUAAAAAGUUUACCCAUGUGCCCUACUUUUGGACGGCACAACAUGGAAAGAGCAUUCGUUACGCCGGCUUUGCAAAGGAAUACGAUGAUGUCAUUAUUCACGGUGAUUUGAAGGAAUUGGCCUUUGCGGCAUACUAUGCUAAGGGUGAGGAGAUUCUAGCCAUUGCCUCUUUGAACAAAGACCCUGUGGUUUCUUACAGCGCUGAAUUGCUGCGCAUUGGCAAGAUGCCCAAGGCAAGUGAACUGCGCAAAGGUGUCAACCCGCUUGACAUUCCGUUGGUAGUCUAGUUUCGACCAAUCCAUCCAUGUUAUUCAAUGUAACAUCCAUGUUAUUAAAUGUGAAAAUGAUCCAUCGAAAUUUUUGUGUUCCCCAAUGGUGGUUUUAACCUGAAAUGAAAAUGAACUUCGCCACAUC